UCUUGCUACAGUCGGUGAUGUUCUUCGCGUUCCCCUGACAACAUCUCUUUUUGCUGAGUGAUCGUACGAUAAUUUCAAUGUGACGAUGUCUUUGAUACUGAAUCUUCGGAGUUCAUAAAAAUAUGCGAUGACAAGAAUCGCAACUGCUCGACAAGGGUGGGUUCGGUGUGUCGGGUUGCAAGUAAGGAAAUGCAAUUAUUGGCCAGCGUCUGCGCUUCUAUAUUGAUCCGUGGUGGUGACAGUGGAGGUACGGCGGUGGUGGCGGCUGUGCUCGCGGCGCGUUCGAGCGUUCGGGUGGGACCACAACCAACCCCACAACGAACCCGCCCAAAAUGUAUUUUUGCCUGCGUCUCGUGCGACUAUUUCUAAUCUCAGCGAUUCUGUGCGUCGGUUUGUGCUCCGAAGAUGAGGAGAGACUCGUACGAGACUUGUUCAGAGGAUACAAUAAACUCAUCCGACCAGUGCAAAAUAUGACGGAAAAAGUGCACGUGAGGUUUGGCCUCGCCUUUGUGCAACUGAUCAAUGUGAACGAAAAAAAUCAGAUUAUGAAAUCAAACGUAUGGUUGAGAUUUGUGUGGAUGGAUUACCAGUUGCAAUGGGAUGAAGCAGAUUAUGGUGGAAUCGGUGUUCUCAGAUUACCACCCGAUAAAGUGUGGAAACCAGACAUAGUCUUAUUUAAUAAUGCUGACGGCAACUAUGAAGUUCGUUAUAAAAGUAAUGUACUGAUAUAUCCGAAUGGCGAAGUGCUCUGGGUGCCGCCAGCGAUUUAUCAGAGCUCGUGCACCAUCGACGUCACAUAUUUUCCCUUCGAUCAACAAACAUGCAUCAUGAAAUUUGGCUCAUGGACAUUCAAUGGUGAUCAAGUAUCUCUCGCACUUUACAACGACAAGAACUUCGUCGAUCUAUCCGAUUAUUGGAAAAGCGGUACUUGGGAUAUCAUCAGCGUUCCGGCAUAUCUCAACAUCUACCGCGGAGAUUUUCCCACAGAGACAGACAUUACUUUCUAUAUAAUUAUUCGCAGGAAAACUCUCUUCUACACGGUGAAUUUGAUACUGCCGACAGUUCUGAUCUCUUUCCUCUGCGUGCUCGUUUUUUAUCUUCCAGCAGAGGCCGGUGAAAAAGUUACUUUGGGAAUUAGCAUUCUUUUAUCACUGGUUGUAUUCCUUUUGUUAGUCAGCAAAAUUUUACCCCCUACUUCUCUGGUGCUGCCAUUGAUAGCCAAAUAUUUGCUCUUCACCUUCAUUAUGAAUACUGUCAGUAUCCUUGUGACUGUGAUUAUCAUCAACUGGAACUUCCGCGGGCCGAGGACUCACAGAAUGCCUCAGCUCAUACGCAAGAUCUUCCUUAAAUAUCUGCCAACUAUUCUAUUUAUGAAACGACCAAAAAAAACACGGUUGAGAUGGAUGAUGGAGAUACCAAAUGUAACACUGCCAGCUUCCACCUAUUCAGGAAGUCCUACCGAGGUGCCGAAGCAUCUGCCAGCCUCUCUAGCAAAAUCGAAGAUGGAGGUGAUGGAGCUAUCCGAUCUGCAUCAUCCUAAUUGCAAGAUUAAUCGUAAGGUUCAUCACACCACAAGCAGCUCGAGUGGCGCUGGAGGAGGAGAGGGCAUGGGCGACAGAAGAGGAUCCGAAAGUUCGGAUUCGGUGUUACUUAGCCCGGAAGCCAGCAAGGCCACCGAAGCUGUGGAGUUCAUAGCAGAACAUCUCAGAAACGAGGACUUGUAUAUACAGACAAGGGAGGAUUGGAAAUACGUCGCAAUGGUGAUCGAUCGAUUACAACUUUAUAUAUUCUUUAUAGUGACGACCGCGGGUACCGUCGGGAUUCUAAUGGACGCGCCUCAUAUUUUUGAGUACGUGGACCAGGAUCGUAUUAUAGAAAUUUAUCGCGGAAAGUAAUCCGAUUCGCCCCAACGAAGCGCAAUCACAAAUAAUGCCAUUGUUACGCGCCGCGCGCGCGCGCGCGACCGUUCUCAUUUCGUCCCCUUCAAAAGAACUCCAAAGCCAAGCGGAUAAUUUUACCAUUUCAAUUAUAAACAUAUAAUGUUUAUAAUUCAAGCAUCUCUUUAAU